AUGACGGGAAAUAUCAUGGUGCUAUAUUUCUCUUGCAAGGCUAUAUCUUAUUCAAAAUAUGAAGAAAUGACAGUGAAUGCAGUGACCUAUGAUGAUGUACAUGUAAAUUUCACUUGGGACGAGUGGGCUUUGCUGGAUCCUUCCCAGAAGAAUCUCUACAAAGAAGUAAUGCUUGAUACCUACAAGAACCUCAUUGAUACAGCUUACAAUUGUGAAGACAAUAAUGUUGAAGAACCUGAUCAGAUAUCUACACAACAAGGAAGGAACAAUAAAAUUAAUAAUGAAGAAGAAUCUUCUCAGUAUACUCAGUGUGAUAAAGCCUUUGAACAUCAGAGUUAUCUACAAAUACAAGAUAGAAUAAACACUGGAGAGAAAACUUUUGAGUAUAUUCAAUGUGGUAAAGUCUUUGCAAAUCAAAGUUGUCUCCAACUGCAUGAAAGAACAUAUACUGGAGUGAAACCUUAUAAAUGUAAUCAAUGUGACAAAGGUUUUGGACACCACAGUAGUCUUCAACAACAUAAAAGAUCACAUACUGGAGAGAAGCCAUACAAAUGUAAUCAAUGUGAUAAAGCCUUUACACAACAGAGUAAACUUCGAGUGCAUGAAAAGUUACAUACUGGAGAGAAACCAUUCAAAUGUAAUCAGUGUGAUAAAGCCUUUGCAAGGCAUGAUAAUCUUCAAUACCAUAAAAGAACACAUACUGGAGAGAAACCAUACAAAUGCAAUCAGUGUGAUAAAGCCUUUUCACAGAAGAGUAACCUUCGAGUACAUGAAAGAACACAUUCUGCAGAGAAACCUUAUAAAUGUACUCAGUGUGGUAAAGGCUUUGCAAUAUACAAUUAUCUUAAACUCCAUAAAAGAACGCAUACCGGAGAGAAACCAUACAAAUGUAAUCAAUGUGAUAAAGCCUUUACACAGCAGAGUAAUCUCCGAGUACAUGAACAAUUACAUACUGGAGAGAAACCAUACAAAUGUAAUCAAUGUGAAAAAGCCUAUGCACAUCAUGGUGCUCUUGAAUACCAUAAAAGAACACAUUCUGGAGAGAAACCUUAUGUAUGUACUCAGUGUGGCAAAGGGUUUGCAAAGCACAGUUAUCUUCAAUUGCAUGAAAGAACACAUACUGGAGAGAAACCUUAUGAAUGCAAUCAAUGUGGCAAAACCUUUGCAUAUUACCAUAAUCUCCAAACUCAUGAAAGAAGACAUACUGGGGAGAAACCAUACAAAUGUAAUCAGUGUGAUAAAGCCUUUACACAACAAGGUAAUCUCCGAAUGCAUGAAAGAAUACACACUGGAGAGAAACCUUACAAAUGUAACCAUUGUGAAAAAGCCUUUGCAUAUCACAGUAAUCUUCAGUACCAUGAAAGAAGACAUUCAGGAGAGAAACCUUAUGAAUGCAAUCAAUGUGGUAAAACCUUUACACAACAGAGUGGUCUCCGAAUACAUGAGCGAAUACAUACUGGAGAGAAACCUUACAAAUGUAAUCAAUGUGAUAAAGCCUUUGCACGUAAUGAUAGUUUUCAACAGCAUAAAAGAACACAUACUGGAGAGAAACCCUACAAAUGUAAUCAAUGUCUUAAAGCUUUUGCAAAGCACAGUAGUCUUCAAAACCAUGAAAAAACACAUAGUAAAGAGAAACCCUACAAAUAUAAUCAAUGA